CAUAUAAGCGCGAGGCAUCACUAAAAUCAGUGUUAAACGAUACGCGAGCGUGCAAACAAGCGAACUCAAAUAAAGUAGUGGAAAAAAUAAUCAAACACAAUAAGCUUUGGCACGCUUAAAAUUAGCUAACAAAUUUGCCAUUUAGCAGUAACUUCAUCUCUUUGUUUAUCUCGCUGUGUGUCGUCUAAUACCCGAGAAUUUAGUAAAAAUUAUUGCGCCGCAGGGUAAAUUGUGUGCCUCCCGCGCGUUUAUCGCGUUCGCGUUACGCGGAAAUCUAAAGGCACUUAUACCAGUCAAUCAAAAUAAUUCCACAACUUAAAAAAAGUCAGCAUUUCUAAAGUGCACUAUGGGCGCAGGCGAUUUUUCCUGCGCUUUUGUAUUUUUCGCGCGCGUUUUUUACAUAUUUCUAGCUUUUAGUGUCACCAUCAAUGCCAAGGUUUUCGACCGUUGCGAAUUGGCACAAGUUCUACACAACCAACACCAUCUGGAUCUGCACGAAGUGGCGACUUGGACUUGCAUAGCCCAGCACUCGAGCGAUUUCAAUACGGAAGCCUACGCGGGUGGGCUGGACGGUGGCUCGCAUGGACUUUUCCAAAUUAGUGAUGUGUAUUGGUGUUCACCACCUGGCAAAGGACUCGCCUGUAAUCUGCCCUGUGACCGUUUGUACGAUGCCGACUUAACCGAUGAUUUAAGCUGCCUGCGUAUUAUUUACGAUGAACAUCAACGGCUCUCCGGAGAUGGAUAUAAUGCGUGGAAUGCAUACCAACAGUUUUGCCGCCAUGGUGUCGAGAAUUACGUACAGGAUUGUUUUUCAAACGAACGUAUAUUGCCAGGCGCCCGGCAACCUGCUGCUCAUAGCCCCUUCGCCAGUGCCCCUGCCCCAUUCUAUACACCAACAGCAUUAUCAAUUCAAUCGAACUCAAUCAGCAGCAGCUAUUCCACACAUAAACGUGGUAAGGUCUACGAACGUUGUGAGCUGGCGCAGGAACUAUACUACAAACAUAAAAUGCCAAUGGAGCAAAUUCCCACAUGGGUUUGUAUCGCUCAACAUGAAUCCAACUUCGACACCUCCGCCGUGGGACAUUUGAAUACGGAUGGCAGCGCUGAUCAUGGGCUGUUCCAGAUCAGUGAUCUCUAUUGGUGCUCACACGAUCGCUAUAGUGGCGGUAAGGCUUGUGGACUGCAGUGUACUAAACUUCUGGACAACGACAUAACCGACGAUGUCCGCUGCAUCAAACGCAUACAUAGUGAGCACACGCACAUCGCAGGGGACGGCUUCUCCGCUUGGUCCGUCUACAACCGAAACUGCCGUAACCAACAGUAUGACUUAAUAGCCUCAUGCUUCAAGGAUCAAACCUUCCAACAUGCAGCUAAAACACACGCUAACGCUUCACCCGUUUCGUUCCACUCCCACACACCGCAAGCAUCCGUACACCAACCAUACCACGCAAAUCCCUUCCUCAAACACAUUGGCAACCCACCGAAAUCCACACCAACACUACAAUACCAACCAACAUCCAUAAACACUUACACACAGACACACAACACAAAACCACACAAGGGUAAAGUUUAUAAACGUUGUGAAUUAGCUCAAGAAUUAUAUUUUAAACACAAGUUUCCAAUGCAGGAUAUAGCUACGUGGGUAUGUAUCGCCCAACAUGAGUCCAACUACGACACAUCAGCAGUUGGACGACUCAACGGCGAUGGCAGCGCAGAUCACGGCCUCUUUCAGAUAAGCGAUCUCUACUGGUGCUCACACGACAACUUUGGCGGCAAGGCUUGCAACAUUCCGUGUGCAAAGCUACUCGACGCUGACAUUGCCGAUGACGUCAAAUGCAUAAGGACAAUACACGAGGAGCACACGCGCAUCUCGGGAGACGGUUUCACAGCAUGGACAGUUUACAAUGGGAAUUGCCGCAAUCAACAGAUCGAACAGGUCUCUGCCUGCUUCGACAACAACAAGAUAAGUAAGACAGAGCAGUUUUUAACUACAACGCAGGUGGGUGGCAGCAAAAAUAACAGCAAACAAUCAACAACAACAGGGCUGGCAGUGGCGAAGGGUAAGAUUUAUAAGGAAUGUGAACUGGCGCAGGAGCUGUACUACAAACAUGGAAUGCCGCUAAAGGAUAUACCAACGUGGGUUUGUAUUGCUAAGCACGAGUCUAGUUUCAAUACGGCAGCUGUAGGACGAUUGAAUGCAGAUGGCAGCGCCGAUCAUGGACUCUUUCAAAUCAGUGACCUCUACUGGUGCGCCCAUGAGGAGUAUGGCGGCAAAGCAUGCAACAUUCCGUGCGGCAAACUACUGGACUCGGAUAUCAGCGAUGACAUCGAGUGCAUCAAAACGAUACAUGCGGAGCAUACGAGAAUUUCAGGUGAUGGUUUCACGGCUUGGGUUGUUUACAAUGGACACUGUCGCAACCAGCAAGUGGAACGUGUGGCCAGUUGCUUUCCACCAGAGGAAAUUGCGAAAGCCCAACAUGCUCAGCCAGUGAAGGAAACACACGCAGUUGGUUUUGAAAAACAAUCGAACAGUGCAGUGGGUAAAGGAAAAAUAUACAGCAAAUGUGAAUUGGCGCAAGAGUUAUACUUCAAACACAAAAUGCCAAUGAAGGAAGUGCCCACCUGGGUUUGUAUAGCGCAGUACGAGUCAAGCUUCAAUACUGCCGCCGUGGGACGCCUAAAUGCAGAUGGUAGUGCAGAUCAUGGCCUUUUCCAAAUUAGUGACCUUUACUGGUGCUCUCAUGAUAGCGUCGGCGGCAAAGCCUGUCUGAUUUCUUGCAACAAACUCUUGGACAAUGACAUCACCGACGAUGUGCGCUGCGUGAAAACUAUUUAUGAAGAGCAUACACGUCUAUCUGGAGAUGGUUUUACCGCAUGGACGGUGUAUAAUCGAAAUUGCCGCAACCAAAAAUUGGAUCGCAUAAGCUCCUGUUUCGACAGCAACGAACUGCAGAAAGCACAUCAAGCCAGUCAAAGUGAACCGAGUGAGAAGCCAAGCUAUAUGACAGAUGCUUACAAUAUUAACCAAAUAACAUAUUUGUCUAAGAAAAUAGAAGCUAAAGACGAAUUGCACCAUCCAUUUGUGAAUAAUCCAUUUCUAAAUCAAUAUAGCGCUGUAAAAUUUGUGCCUGCCACAGCGACGCCUAAAAAAACAACUGCUAAACUUGCUACUCAUGCCGUCACUAACGAAGUCGUUCCAUCAAAAAUGGUCUACAUAAAUAAUCCAUUCCUAAACCAAUUCAUUCAAUCAUCUCAAUUCAGCUCAGCGACAACAUCAAAGCCUAAAAUCCAUACUAAUGUGGACCCUACCAACUCAAUUUCCCUCCCCUACGCUUCUAAUCCCUUUUUUAGUAACCAUCAACAAACUGGCACUAAAGUGCAAAUGUCGUCGCCAUCCCCGCAAAGCCUACAGAAAUUUAACUUGCACUCCAACCCAUUUCUAACUAAAUACAUCAGCCCAACACCAAACUCAGCUCUCAUUGAGGCAACCCACAAACAAACAUUCACAGCAGUGCCGCCGGAGAAACAACUUGCAACGCAGUAUCAAAAUAAUCCUUUCCUUCAAAAAUUUACAGCCGCUACGCAUAGCUUAAAAUUACAACAACAAACUCAUACGACACCGAGCGGCACGGAAAAAACGAAGCUGCACGUUUUCCCAACAAGACCUUAUGUUAAUAGCGAUCUGUUUCGCACGACGCCAGUGAGGACCCAAGCCACGUCUACCCAACACAAGCUCGGCCUUGAAAUGCAAAAACCUAGCGAAACAACAAAGGGAAAGUAUGUGAUUACAACUACCCCACCAGUUACGCGAAAAACUCAAACUCAAUAUUAUGCAAAUUUGCUCACCACCACUACAAGGAAGCCUACAACGCAGACAACAGCGAUACGCAAACCAAUAGUAGAGGCAGAGCAUAAAAACAAGCAAACAACACAUGCUGGAAUAAGCCCUACGAAACGGCCGAGUACAACAACAACAUGGAACUGGCGAAAUCAGUCGCUAGUAAAGCCCACAAAAGCGCCUUCAACACAGAAAACAACAAGCACCACCAAGCCGCAUACAACAAUACAACCCAAGACCAGCGUGAGUGCAACAAGAGCGCCACAUACAACAGCAAGGACCACAAAGCUACAAAAUACACAAAAGUCCGUAACAGCCAUUAGUAGUACCCGCAAAACAGCACCGGUCACUACAACCCAAAAACCAGCGACUACGAAAAUGUCAUGGGAUUACCAAUGGCAGAAGCCUAAUAGGGGUACCACGAGUAAACCAAGAACAACACAGAAAAAACUAACCACAGGAACUAGAACAACACAAAUCCCUCAAACCAAGAAGUCAAUAAGUACUACAACAACUACAAAACCCACAACUGAGAAAAUUUCGACAAGAACUACCUCAAGUAAAGCUGCUUACACUACCAAAACUGCCACCAUUGGAACCGAACGACCAAGCACAGCUGCCACACGAAGACCUACAACUACAGUGAGAUCGCCUUUAACCCAAAAGACUUCCGUUGCAAUAAAAACUACAACACGCCCCACUACAACAACGCAAAAGACAACAAAACGUACAACUACCAGUCGUAAAAGUUCAACUACAAGAAAUAAUCAACUACAAUACUACCUCACGACUACUACACGAAAACCAACAACUACUAUAAGAACAACGAUAACGCAGAAGCCUUUCGCUUCUUUCGCUACAACAAAAACUAAAACCAUAACAAAUAUAAAGAAUUUUACCACCACAAAAGUGCCAUAUACAACUAAGAAGGUGUCCACAAUUUCCCCGAUUACGCAGUUUAAAACAAAAUCACAAAACUUCUCAAUCACAACGCGCGCUACUGCGAAAACAACGGCGGCGACAGCAACCAAAAGAAUUACCACUACCCGCACAACUGCACGAAAACCCGCUUUGUAUGCAACCAGCGCGGCGAGUGCAACGAACCGAAAGCCGAAUGCGCCUACAACAAAGGUUAGCACAACAACACUCAAGCCUAAAAUAACGGUAUCUUCAACAGUCACAACAACAAACCCCUACCAUGACGAUCCCUUCAGUCACCCAUUCUUUGCCAAAUACAAGGAAAAAUUCGAAGUAUUCGCCUUGACAACCACACGAAAGCCAGCGAGCACCGUGAAAUAUCAAGCCCAAACACGAUUCGGUGAGGAGAGCGAAUACCUUCAACAGUUCCGCAACCACACGGCGGGCAAUGUUAAAACCGUUUAUGCCUAUGCUUUUGGACAAAAUGGCACACUGACAGGACACUACGGGAGGUAGGAGAUGCAGCAAGGCAAAUCAGCUCCACGCACUCGAACAAAUAAAUACUCGAUUUUUGAGAUACACACAACCGAAAGUGGAAUUCAAAUAAUAUUAAGCGCCUAGCGUAGAAGAAAAGUUGCUUGCGAAUUAUGUGAUGCUGUCUAAAUGUGAUUUUUUUAUUAACUGCACUUUAAAAGAGGGCCGGAGUAGAUAUAAUUCUGAAAUUACAGCCCUAGUUCAAACUAUUAUUUUUUAAAUAUUUUUUAAUUGUUAUGUUUUGCAAAAUAUUUGUUAAUACCUACAAAUCACCUACAUACUUUCCCCACUGUGCACUCGAAAAGUAUAUUAAAUGUAAGAUCUGAUUAAUAUUUUAGCAUAAUUUUACGGUAAUAAAACAUUAAUAGAAUA